AUGGCGGUGAGGAAGGGGGAGGGGGAUUCGGAGCAUCCCAAUAUUUGUGUGGAAUGCGGGAAAAGCUUCGCCAGGACGGCGGAACUGACGGAACACCGGGAAGGUCACGGGGGGAAAACCGGACACGGGAGUGACCGCAGGAGUGACCACAGGAGUGACCACAGGAGUGACCACAACAAUGGACACGUGAGUGACCACAGGAGCGACCACAGCUCCGGUCACGGGAGUGACCACAAGAGUGACCACAGGAGUGACCACAGGAGCGACCACAGGAGUGACCACAGGAGCGACCACAGCUCCGGUCACGGGAGUGACCACAGGAGUGACCACAGGAGUGACCACAACAAUGGACACGUGAGUGACCACAGGAGCGACCACAGCUCCAGUCACGGGAGUGACCACAAGAGUGACCACAAUGGAGACAGGAGUGACCAAAGCAUCGCUCAGAGGAGUGACCACAACAGCGACCACAACAAUGGACACGGCAGUGACCACAGGAGUGGACACGGGAGUGACCGCAGCUCCGGUCAGCGAGGUGGCGACCACGGCCAACGCCAGCGCUUUCACCGAGCUGCCCAAAACCUCGACGGUCAAGGCGACGUCGCCGCCGCUCCAAGAAGCGACGGCCACGACGACGACGCCGGCCAGUCGGUCACUCGCGGCGACGGCCGAAGGUUCGGCGACGUCGUCGAUGACCGGCGGGAUCCCAGAAGCGACCGGCGAGCCCCGGGAGCCGCCCGGCGCUCCCUCACCUGCCCGGAGUGCGGGAAAUCCUUCGCGCUGAGCUCUCACCUGCAGCGUCACCUGCGAGCCCACAAAUCCCGUUCGGCGGCCAAAUGUCGCGACUGCGGCCGCGUCGCGACGCCGCCUGGCCGCCGCCGGCCUUACAAAUGCGUGGACUGCGGCAAAAAUUUCACUCGCCGGCCCAAAGAGUCGCCGGCUCCCGGCUCGCCCCCCAAACAACGCCGACGCCGCCGCGCCGGCCAAACCGGCGAUCCCGCCAGCCACAAAAUUUUGGGGAUCCCGAACACCUGCGGCGAAUGCUGGCAGAGCUUCAGCCAAAGCUCGGAUUUGGUGAAACACCUGAGAAUCCACACGGGGGAAAAACCUUACGCUUGCGGCCACUGCGGCAAACGCUUCAACGUCAGCUCCAACCUCAUUCGGCACCGGAGGAUCCACACGGGCGAGAAGCCGUACGGGUGCGGCGAGUGCGGGAAGAGCUUCACGGAUAAAUCCACGCUGACCCAGCACCGCAGGAUCCACACGGGAGAGAAGCCGUACUCGUGCGGGAUCUGCGGGAAGAGCUUCAGCCGCAGCUCGCACCACAAACGGCACCAGAGAACGCACGGCGCCGUUGCCGGAGCUCCUCCCGCGGCGGCCGCCGGGGCUUUGCUGCCUCUUUGGUCUUAUCCCGGUUGAGAUUUUGGGGGGCGGUGGCAGGAAGGGUGAAAAAGGAUGAAAAAGAAAAAAAAUUUUGGAACGAUGUUUUUGUGUGGGGGAUUUUUGGUUGUUUUUCUUUUUUUUUUUUUUUGGUAUUUGGGGGGUUUUUUUUGGGGGUUUCCGCGGUUUUUUUUUUGUUUUGUUUUGUUUUGUUUUGUUUUUUUAACUUUUUUGUUUUUGGGGGGGGCGGGUUGUGGGGUUUGGAAAUGGGGUAAAAAAUAAAAAUAUUAAAAGAGGUUUUGGGGUGGUUUGUGGGGUUUGGGAAUUUGUGGGGUUUGGUGGUGGGGUAAAAAUAAGGAUUUUUUUUUUUUUUUUUAAAGAGGUUUUGGGGAAUUUGUGGGAGUUGGUCCCAGUCCCGUUAUCCCAGUCCUGGUCCCAGUCCCAGUGUCAAUCCCAGUCCCAUCAUCCCAGUUCUAAUCCCAGGCCCGCUCCCAAUCCCAGUCCCAAUCCCAUUAUCCCAAUCCCAGUCCCUUUAUCCCAGUUCUGAUCCCAGGCCCACUCCUGAUCCCAGUUCCAGUUCUGAUCCCAGUCUUGGUCCCAGUCCCAUUAUCCCAGUCCAAAUCCCAUCAUCCCAGUCCUGGUCCCAGUUCUGAUCCCGAUCCAAAUCCCAGUCCCGAUCCCAGUCCCGACCUGAUCCCAGUUCCAGUCUUGGUCCCAGUCCCAUUAUCCCAGUCCAAAUCCCAGUCCCAGUCCCAUUAUCGCAGUCCCAGUUCUGAUCCCAGUCCCAUUAUCCCAGUCCUGUUAUCCCAGUCCCUGUCCCAUUAUCCCAGUCCCAGUCCCAGUCCCAUUAUCC